AUGGUCCUUCAGUCAGCAGCCUUGCGUCCUUCAGCAACUAAACCACGGGUCAAAAUGAUUCGCCGUCAAGCUCGUGAACGGAGAGACUAUCUCUACCGAAAAGCUCUCCUCCUCCGCGAUGCUUCUAUAGCAGAGAAGCGCGCGAAGCUGAAAGCUGCCCUUGCGUCAGGGAAACCGUUAGAUCCCUCUGUGGCCAAUGAUAAAAUAUUGCGAGAAGAUUUCAAAUACGAUGAAUCCUUACCCACAUCCUCGAAACCGGGAGACCCUAACUCCAAAGAUUCUGACAUGCUUGACCUCGAUGACGAGUAUGCUCUCACAUCCGGCAUCGUUGACCCUCGACCCCUCAUUACAACGUCCCGUUCUCCCUCUGCGCGCCUUAGUACUUUCGCCAAAGAGAUGCGUUUACUCAUCCCAACUUCGAUUCGGAUAAAUCGGGGAAAUCUAGUCAUUCCUGAUCUUCUAGCAAGCGCCAAGGCGUCCGCACUCUCUGAUAUGAUCCUGCUACACGAGCAUCGCGGUACACCCACUGCGAUAACCGUGUCUCACCUCCCCUAUGGCCCAACGGCCAGUUUCUCGCUACAUAAUGUCAUGCUACGAGCAGAUAUUCCGAACUCUGCACGAGGAACCGUCUCGGAAAGCUAUCCUCACCUAAUAUUUGAAGGGUUUACCACCAAGCUGGGUGCUCGUGUCGUCCAAAUCCUAAAACAUAUUUUCCCGCCGCGGGAAGCAAAUGGGAAGCUCGGGAGUAGGGUUGUCACCUUUAAAAAUAUAGAAGACAGUAUAGAAGUGCGACAUCAUGUAUUCGUUAAGACUGGAUACCAAUCAGUUGAACUAGCUGAAGUCGGGCCGCGGAUGACGAUGAGACUAUUCCAAAUCCGAGGAGGAACGUUGGAGAAGGACUCCGGAGGCGAGGUUGAAUGGGCACUCAGUCAAUAUACCAGGACGAGUAGGAAGAAGGACUAUUUGUGA